UACUACUCAUAAAAGGAUCCACACAGGGGAGAAACCAUUCAAAUGCAUGGCGUGUGGAAAGAGCUUUCGCCACUACAGUGGUCUUACUUGCCAUAAAAGGAUCCACACAGGAGAGAAACCAUUUAAAUGCAUGGAAUGUGGAAAGAGCUUCAGUGUAAACUGCAAUCUUACUUCCCAUAAGUGGAUCCACACAGGAGAGAAACCAUUUAAAUGCACGGAGUGUGGAAAGACUUUUAGUCAGAGCAGUGCCCUUACUCUCCAUAAGAGGAUCCACACAGGGGAGAAACCAUUUAAAUGCACGGAUUGUGGAAAAACUUUUAGUCAGAGCCAUCACCUUACUCGCCAUCAAAGGAUCCACACAAGGGAGAAGCCAUUUAAAUGCAUGGAGUGUGGAGAGAGCUUUAGUAGGAGCAAUUACCUAAUUUCCCAUACAGAGAUACACUUGAGUGAGAAUAUAUGUUAAUUCUAGAAAGGUAAUUAAAUUUAUGGUUUUUUUCUAUUUACAGAGACUGAGCUUAGACAUUUUUUUUAGUUUGAUCUUCCCGACUGGAGCCUGAGGGAGAUGAGUUUAUUGAUGAAAAUGUAAAGAAUAGGGACAUGCCAUUUUAAUUAUGAACUGCGGAUUUUUGAAUGUAUCUACAUUUAGCUACAAAAAGUGAAGCCUCCUAUUCCGUAGUUGUUUGUUCUUACCACUUAAUCACACUAAAAGAGUUUAAAUUUUUCUCCUUUUUCUUAAUCUUAGAAUUAUUUCACCUUUUCUUAUUUCUCAUUGCAUACUUAGUUUCUUAGAGUUACUGUUCUCUGUCCUCAGAGAAAUUGGAAGUAGUGGAGGAGAGAGAUUCUAGGCUGUGAAAAAAAAUGUUAUAAUUCAAAGAGAAUUCAGGUUCUUUCAAAGUUUAGAGUGAGAUGAAAUGUGAUAUUAUAUAGUCCUGUUGUGAUAUUGCCUUAAAAGUGACACGUAAGAGGUUUUUCAAUUUUUCCCUCUUUUAGUCCCAAGUUAGGGAUACUCACUAAAAUAACAAAAUGAUGCCACUGUGCUGACAUUGCAAAUGAUCAAGCAAGAAAGGUGAUAAUUGCAAAUUAGCGGGACCAAAAUAAAUAACGUGAAUUAAGAAAAACUCUUUCAGAAAAACUACUUCUGAUCCUCCUGACCAAAGUGAGAUGGGGAGCCAUCUGUGUUAUGUGAAGAAUUCCAAAAAAGACUCAAAGUUGCACCCACAAUAUAGAACUAUGACCUGAGCCAGGUACUAUGUAUGGAGAAGCCUCAUCAUCUGAGGGAAUUGUCACAUG